AUGGAUAAAAAAAGAGAUUUAAAUUAUUGGUAUACAAAAUUAUGUUGGCUUAAAAAAGUUUUAUUAGAAUUAAAUGAAACAGAAUAUAUUUAUUUUGGAAUUGAAACAGAACAUCUUUAUUUGACAACUAAUU